AACACAUUAUGGCAGGAGUUACCCAGUGAGGUCAUAAAUGAGGUCCGUCCACACCGAUUACGAUUAGCAUAUUAGGCUAUUCAUAAUUACAUUAACUCAAAAUAUUCUUGACUUAAAACGAUACCAGUCAGCUGCUUAAAAAGAUUGGUGUUUGAGAUCGAUUGGUUUACUUUUCUAUAUCAUUCUCCAAGAAAGUUUUGCUGUAUUUGAAGACAGGUGAGAAUAUAUUAAAUAGGAUAAUUAUUUGUUGAUAUUAAUUACAUUUCAGUUAGGUAUACAUGUUCACUGGAACAGAAAUAACAUUCGAUCAAGUAAAAUAAAUUGACGCUUGCUAAUAUUAAACCUCUUCAAGCAUCAUUAGCGUGAGAGAGUUCACAAUGAUAGAGCAAUAUUUCUCUCUCAUUAGAAGCAGCGGGCCCACAUCCCCCUAUAAUAAAAUAUAUCAAUUUUAAUUGUAUUCCUCAAACAUCUCAUGAAUUAGAUCUAUAUUAUAAACACCUCUUUUAACACUUUUAAAUUUAGAAAUCUAUUGUAGAUGCCUCAUUGACAGCAUUUUGAAGCAUAAAUGAAAAUGUCUAAAUUAAAUAAAAAAAUUUUUUUUAAAAGUUCACAUUUCUUAAAUCUCGCUCAUACAAUCUUUCAUUUAAAAAUCUUUAAAUGAACCAAUCUUUCAUUAAACUAAUCUUUAAAUGAACCAAUCUUUCAUUAAACUAAUCUUUAAAUGAACCAAUCUUUCAUUAAACUAAUCUUUAAAUGAACCAAUCUUUCUUUAAACUAAUCUUUAAAUGAAUCAAUCAUUCAUCUAAACUAAUCUUUAAAUGAACCAAUAUUUCAUUAAACUAAUCUUUAAAUGAACCAAUCUUUCAUUAAACAAAUCUUUAAAUGAACCAAUCUUUCAUUAAACUAAUCUUUAAAUGAACCAAUCUUUCAUUAAACUAAUCUUUAAAUGAACCAAUCUUUCAUUAAACUAAUCUUUAAAUUAACCAAUCUUUCAUUAAACGAAUCUUUAAAUGAACCAAUCUUUCAUUAAACUAAUCUUUAAAUGAACCAAUCUUUCAUCUAAACUAAUCUUUAAAUGAACCAAUCUUUCAUUCAACUAAUCUUUAAAUGAAUCAAUCUUUCAUCUAAACUAAACUGUCAUAAAUACCAAUCUAGCAUCUUAACCAAUCUAUCGAUCUAUCGUCUAAAUUGUAAUCAUUCACUAUGUUGUGUGUAAUACAGAGGGGAUAGCUAUCUAAAACGAUGUUACUAUUAUACAUCUGUCACUGCCACAUAAAGGACGAGAAAAUUAGUCACUGACAUAACUGUGCACUAUAUUUCAAUUAGACUUUAUAUACAUAAUAACAAAUAACAUUUAUAGUACAUGAUAUAUAUCUAUGUACACUUCUGUAUUGACUAAUUAUAUUUACUAUCGUCCUAACAUUCAUUACACAAUUUAUUAUGUCCAUGAAUCACAGGCUUCCAAUAGCAGCCUUAAAACUUUUUUCGGUUUAUUUAUCCAAUUUUUUAUUUCAAUUGAUUUUUAUCUAAUAUGAAAUAAGCAUGCACAAGUUAUAAUGUUUCAUAAACAAAUCUAUCAUCUUAACCAAAGUUUGGUCUGAAACGGUGAUCGGUAAAUCGCAGCUCUUUAACGACCUGAGUGCGGCUGGACCAGCCAGCCACAAAUUGGUUUUGGCUCCGAAAAAAAUGGUUCUUGACAAGAAAUUUCACUAAUUUUUUUUUAAAAUCGCCCUGCAGCUGAUAUUAGUUAUACAACGGAUAGGAUUCAUAUGAAAAAUAAAUGAAUAACAAGAUUUGUUACGUUGACUCCAUACGGUAUAAGCAAAUCCACAAUUUUACGUGUUUUUGGUUUUUUUUACAUUUUAUUUCAAAUGACUUCCUUUCCGUUCUUCUUAACUUUGUUUCUGUCUCUUUGUGGCGCCCACUCUUAUCUUUAUGGCGCCCACUCUUAUCUUUGUGGCGCCCACUCUUAUCUUUGUGGCGCCCACUCUUAUCUUUGUGGCGCCCACUCUUAUCUUUGUGGCGCCCACUCUUAUUCUUUUAUGCUUUUUAGGUACGAAAAAAGUAUGUAAAUCUAAUUUAUACUUAUUUAAAUGUUAAGUUGUUAUACUCAUGAAGGCAUUUCCCGAAACGUUUAUUUGUGUAUCAUGUAAAAUUAUUAUUAAAGCUUAACAUAUAUUGUUUUAUUUAAACAAAUUGUUCAUGUCUAAUUAAUCUGCUGAUUUUUGGCUCUUUUGACCAAUUGGUUUGCCGACCACUGAUUUAAACCAAUCUUUCAUCUAAACGAGUCUUUCAUCUAAACCAGUCUAUCAUCUAAACCAGUCUUUUAUCUAAACCAGUCUUUCAUCUAAACCAGUCUUUUAUCUAAACCAGUCUUUCAUCUAAACCAGUCUUUUAUCUAAACCAGUCUUUCAUCUAAACCAGUCUAUCAUCUAAACCAGUCUUUUAUCUAAACCAGUCUUUCAUCUAAACCAGUCUUUCAUCUAAACCAGUCUUUCAUCUAAACCAGUCUUUUAUCUAAACCAGUCUUUUAUCUAAACCAGUCUUUUAUCUAAACCAGUCUUUUAUCUAAACCAGUCUUUCAUCUAAACCAGUCUUUUAUCUAAACCAGUCUUUUAUCUAAACCAGUCUUUCAUCUAAACCAGUCUUUCAUCUAAACCAGUCUUUUAUCUAAACCAGUCUUUCAUCUAAACCAGUCUUUCAUCUAAACCAGUCUUUUAUCUAAACCAGUCUUUCAUCUAAACCAGUCUUUUAUCUAAACCAGUCUUUUAUCUAAACCAGUCUUUCAUCUAAACCAGUCUUUCAUCUAAACCAGUCUUUCCUCUAAACCAGUCUUUCAUCUAAACCAGUCUUUUAUCUAAACCAGUCUUUUAUCUAAACCAGUCUUUCAUCUAAACCAGUCUUUUAUCUAAACCAGUCUUUCAUGAACCAAUAUUUCCAUAAACUAACUAUUAUCAAAUCAAUCUUUCAGUUUUCCGUAUACAGAAUUAGACUUUCAGACAAAAACUUCCAAAGACAAUUGAGUAUCCGAUUACCAAAAGCUGAGUAUCCGAUUACCAAAAGAUCGUAUUGUCCUUAUCGAUAUUUUAUUUCUUAUUUAUUUAAUUUACAUUAUUAACAUAAUGUUCUUUCAUUUUAUUUUAAAGAUAUCUGCUUUAAAUGCCAGAAAACGUUAUGCUCUCCUGGUUAAUGCCGAUUCUCAUUUGCUUCGCCAAUGGGUCUUUUGGUCAGGUUCCUGGAUUUGGUUGUAUUCCUCAGGUAAAUAGGAAACAGAUAGAAGGAAGGAGGUCUAUUGAAUUUAGACUAUGAUAAAUAUUUUAAGAAAUAGUUUCUUUGCAUCUACAAAUUAAUUAAUUUAUCUUUAAUGGCAAAAUGUUUGGUCUGCAGAUUGCCGACUGGAAAACAAGCUAAAUUUUAUUUUUAAAAUUUAUGUUUGUUUUUAACUUUGCACUUGUGGGAAUACGGAUGAUGCAACUGUCCCAUAGCCGGAGACACUUAUAAAGGUCAUAGUUAAAGUCAGUGAGGGCUCUUAUGUAUCCUUACCACAAAUGUCCCAUAGCCGGAGACACUUAUAAAGGUCAUAGUUAAAGUCAGUGAGGGCUCUUAUGUAUCCUUACCACAAAUGUCCCAUAGCCGGAGACAUUUAUAAAGGUCAUAGUUAAAGUCUGUGAGGGCUCUUAUGUAUCCUUACCACAAAUGUCCCAUAGCCGGAGACACUGUUAAAGGUCAUAGUUAAAGUCAGUGAGUGCUCUUAUGUAUCCUUACCACAUUGCGUGAAGAUGAUAAAGACCACAUAAUUUGACCUAGUAGAUGAAAUCAUAUUUUACAUAAUUUUACCCAGUAGAUGAAUUCAUAAUUCCAUAAUUUUACCUAGUAGAUGAAUUCAUAUUUCACAUAAUUAUUGGAUAAUGAUUUGGUCGUAGGACUAACAUUAGAUCUAUUUUCUAUGGAUCAUCUCCUUCAAAACUAAAUUUUUUGUUUACUUUCUUAUCUACCUUUGCAACAAAAGCUAUCAUUUCUUAUCUACCAUUGCAACAAGAGCUAUCAUUUGUUAUCUACCAUUGCAACAAGAUCUAUCAUUUGUUAUCUACCAUUGCAAAAAGAGCUAUAUCAUGUCUAUUUACCUUUGCAACAAGAGCUAUAUAAUUUCUUAUCUACCAUUGCAACAAGAGCUAUAUCAUGUCUAUCUAGCUUUGCAACAAGAGCUAUCAUUUCUUAUCUACCAUUGCAACAAGAGCUAUAUGAUUUCUUAUGUUACUGUUAAUUUCUUCAUCUAGGAAUGUUCUGCUAACGGUAAAGAGGCGAUCUGCACUGGCGGAAAUUUCACAACUGUGCCGACGUUUAUCAAAUGUGGCUACCAACUAUCUCAAUUGACCAUAAGUGUAAGACUUUAUGGGACUACCAACUAUCUCAAUUGACCAUAAGUGUAAGACUUUAUGUGGCUACCAACUAUCUCAUUUGACCAUAAGUGUAAGACUUUAUGUGACUACCAACUAUCUCAAUUGACCAUAAGUGUAAGACUUUAUGUGGCUACCAACUAUCUCAAUUGACCAUAAGUGUAAGACUUUGUGUGGCUGCCAACAAUCUCAAUUGACCAUAAGUGUAAGACUUUAUGUGGCUACCAACUAUCUCAAUUGACCAUAAGUGUAAGACUUUAUGUGACUACCAACUAUCUCAAUUGAUCAUAAGUGUAAGACUUUAUGUGACUGCCAACUAUCUCAAUUGACCAUAAGUGUAAGACUUUAUGUGGCUGCCAACUAUCUCAAUUGACCAUAAGUGUAAGACUUUAUGUGGCUGCCAACUAUCUCAAUUGACCAUAAGUGUAAGACUUUAUGUGACUACCAACUACCUCAAUUGAUCAUAAGUGUAAGACUUUAUGUGACUACCAACUAUCUCAAUUGACCAUAAGUGUAAGACUUUAUGUGGCUACCAAUUAUCUCAAUUGACCAUAAGUGUAAGACUUUAUGUGGCAGCCAACUAUCUCAAUUGACCAUAAGUGUAAGACUUUAUGUGGCUGCCAACUAUCGCAAUUGACCAUAAGUGUAAGACUUUAUGUGACUACCAACUAUCUCAAUUGACCAUAAGUGUAAUAUUUUAUGUGGCUGCCAACUAUCGCAAUUGACCAUAAGUGUAAGACUUUAUGUGGCUGCCAACUAUCUCAAUUGACCAUAAGUGUAAGACUUUAUGUGACUACCAACUAUCUCAAUUGAUCAUAAGUGUAAGGCUUUAUGUGACUGCCAACUAUCUCAAUUGACCAUAAGUGUAAGACUUUAUGUGGCUGCCAACUAUCUCAAUUGACCAUAAGUGUAAGACUUUAUGUGGCUGCCAACUAUCUCAAUUGACCAUAAGUGUAAGACUUUAUGUGACUACCAACUAUCUCAAUUGAUCAUAAGUGUAAGACUUUAUGUGACUGCCAACUAUCUCAAUUGAUCAUAACUGUAAGACUUUAUGUGACUGCCAACUAUCUCAAUUGACCAUAAGUGUAAGACUUUAUGUGGCUGCCAACUAUCUCAAUUGACCAUAAGUGUAAGACUUUAUGUGGCUGCCAACUAUCUCAAUUGAUCAUAAGUGUAAGACUUUAUGUGACUACCAACUAUCUCAAUUGAUCAUAAGUGUGAGACUUUAUGUGACUGCCAACUAUCUCAAUUGACCAUAAGUGUAAGACUUUAUGUGGCUACCAACUAUCUCAAUUGACCAUAAGUGUAAGACUUUAUGUGGCUGCCAACUAUCUCAAUUGACCAUAAGUGUAAGACUUUAUGUGGCUACCAACUAUCUCAAUUGACCAUAAGUGUAAGACUUUAUGUGACUACCAACUAUCUCAAUUGACCAUAAGUGUAAGACUUUAUGUGGCAGCCAACUAUCUCAAUUGACCAUAAGUGUAAGACUUUAUGUGGCUGCCAACUAUCGCAAUUGACCAUAAGUGUAAGACUUUAUGUGACUACCAACUAUCUCAAUUGACCAUAAGUGUAAUAUUUUAUGUGGCUGCCAACUAUCGCAAUUGACCAUAAGUGUAAGACUUUAUGUGACUACCAACUAUCUCAAUUGACAAUAAGUGUAAUAUUUUAUGUGGCUGCCAACUAUCUCAAUUGACCAUAAGUGUAAGACUUUAUGUGACUACCAACUAUCUCAAUUGACCAUAAGUUUAAUAUUUUAUGUGGCUGCCAACUAUCUCAAUUGACCAUAAGUGUAAGACUUUAUGUGGCUACCAACUAUCUCAAUUGAUCAUAAGUGUAAGACUUUAUGUGGCUACCAACUAUCUAAAUUGACCAUAAGUGUAAGACUUUAUGUGACUACCAACUAUCGCAAUUGACCAUAAGUGUAAGACUUUAUGUGACUACCAACUAUCGCAAUUGACCAUAAGUGUAAGACUUUAUGUGGCUGCCAACUAUCUCAAUUGACCAUUAGUUUAAAACUUUUUGUGGCUACGAACUAUCACAAUUGACAAUAAGUGUAAGACUUAAUGUGUCUACCAACUAUCUCAAGUGACCAUGAGCGUAAGACUUAAAAUAUUUUGUAGUCGCUAAAUGUUUCAAUUGGAGAAAAUAUCUUUAGAAACAUUUCUUAUUAACAAUUCUUUCGGUGACAUCAAAAGAAAACAGAAGAAUGAUGUACUUUAAUGGAUUUCAAAAUAGUCAAUUACCUUUGGCUUGUCUCUCUUCCUGGACGUACUCCUCUUGGGCCUGCUCCUCUUCCAUUGGCUCACUUCCCUUCCAUUUGCUUGCUUCUCUUCCCCAAGUUGUCUUUCUUCUUUGGCUUAGCUCCCGCAUUUCUAUAGCGUUUGAUACACUUGAUCCACAGUCCUUGGUAACUAAAAGUACUUACAUCAGUUUGAAUCUCUAAUCUUGAUUUAUUGGAGUAAAGUUGAUGAGUAGCUGUGAUAAUUUAAAAAAAAAGAGAAAAACGUAUAAUUCAAUUUUAGAUUGAAAGUCAAUAUUUCAAUAUUUUUAUUUCUGUAGAAUUUUUAUUAAUGUAUUUAAAUUUAAAUCAUGUUCAAUCGUAUUUUUAAAAAAAUACAAACGAUAUAAAUUGAAAAACAAUAAUAAUAACUUUACUGACUCUACAAACUUUAGUAACUGAAUGUAUGCAAUUCAAAAUUGAACAAAGCUUAACAUUAAAACAUUUCAAUGCACAUAAUUCAUGUCAGCUAUCAUUCAAAUUGAGUUUGUAUAAACUACUGAAUUCCCUUACUUUAUUGUCCCAAAAAUGUAUCAGUAUUUAAAGCAUUAAAAUUUUAAUCUAUUUUUUUUUAAAUGUUUUAAUGCGUUUUAUUCAGUGAUAUUCACAUUUUUCAGGGCUCUGCUAUACGCAAUUUAACGGCCAACUCACUACCAGUAGGACUGACCUAUUUUGCUUUGUACGAUACUCCUUUGCAAUACAUCUCAGAUGAUGCAUUCGAUGAUUGCGCAACAACACUGACCAUGGUGUCCUUUGGUAACUCCAUGCCAAACCAAAUUCCAAAUGCGUUCAUGAAACUAACAUCAUUACAGAAUCUAGAAGUUAACGAAGUGAACGUCCAAGACUGGAAUACACCGGUUCUACAAAAAAUUGGUCAAACUUUGAAUAGCUUCGGGUCAACCAAUGUAGGCAUUACGUCAUGGCCAAGUUGGGUCCAAUACUUCACGGUUCUCACCGAAAUACGUUUCUCGAGAAGUAACAUUACACAAGUCCCAGAAGACGCUCUGGUGCACGUAGCAAACACGUUAUCUACAUUUGAGAUCUCUUUCUCCAACCUAACUCGCGUUCCCCAGGCAAUAUCCUCUCUAACCGGCAUUGACUAUUUGUACUUGCGUUGGAAUCAAAUCGCCAUCAUCACAAAUCUGACCCCACAAAUAAAAUCAAUGGAUCUCACUGGAAGAUUGAUCGAGGAAAUUUUCUCAGACACGUUCAGCAAUGCAUUUAGCCUCGGGGAUUUGACACUUAGUCACAACCCAAUUUUGAGAAUAGCAGUCGACGCCUUUGCUAACACGCCGCUGAAGACCCUCUAUCUUGAAGGGACGAAAUUGACCAGGAUGCCCCUCGCCUUCGCCAAGCUCACACAGGUGACGUCCAUCGAACUCGGAGAAAAUGAGGGCAUGGUUUGCACUUGUUCUGAAUCAAGUCUGCAAACGUGGUUGACCAGUCUGCCCAACAUGUCCAUUUACGGGGAAUGCGACCAGUUCGAUGUCCGGGAAUUCUUCUCUAAACUCGCAACCGACUGCCCCAAGCAAUGACGUCAUUUAAACUAAAAACAGAAAGACACUAAGUUAACUUCGAAUUUUAACUUGGUACUUCAAAUUAAUAUUUUAAAUUAGUAUUAUAUUUGUUUUCAAUUAUUAUUUAAACUUAAUUUUUAAGUUACCAUAUUAUAAGAAAUAAAAAAGUAAACAGACACAUGUAUGCCCAGAAUAUCAGACACAUGUAAGCCCAGAAUAUCAGACACAUCUUUUUCCAGAAUAUCAGACACACAUCUGUCCAGGUUAUUAGACACAUCUCUGUCCAGAAUAUAAGACACAUCUCUGCCAAUUUAAUCAGUCACAACUCUGUCAAGAUUAUUAGACUCAUCUCUGUCCAGAAUAUAAGAAACAUUUCUGUUCAGAAUAUAAGACACAUCUCUGCCCAAGAAUGUUAUUAUUAAUUUUUUCAGUUAGUGCUUCUUUUUUGUUUGUUUUUUCAUUAUAAAAGUUUCCCCUUGACGUGUUUUCUUAAACAGAAAUAUGCUUUAUGUAAAUCAAUUAAAUACAUAACAGAUGAUAGUUGAUAGUUAAUAGAUUUUCCGUCGAAAAGAUGCUAAUAAAUCUUUAAAUACAUUAAUCGAGAUCACUGAAAUCAUGCUACUGGCAUCGGUAUACAUGGCAUAUUAAUAUAAUAUUGUGUAUCACUAACCAUCGCCAAUAAAUAUACAAUUCAAUAUCAUU